AUGGCAGACCUAGCAGCAGAGGAGAAGGGCAAGCCCCAGAUAGCUGGCGUUGAAAGAUCAGACUCAGAAUGCGGUCCGGCCGAAGAAGGGAGCCAGUCUCUUGAAGCAGAAAAGAGGAUGAUGCGAAAGGUUGACAUUAACCUCAUGAUUCCGCUAUGGAUCCUUUUCGUCUUCGGAUUUCUCGACCGCAUCAACCUUGGAAAUGUCGCGGUCCUUGGGAUAAUGGAUGAGUUGAAACUCAAAGGGAAUGACUUCAAUAUUGCAGUGCAGAUAUUUUUUGUGCCAUAUGUCCUGAUGGAUAUCCCGAGUAACAUUUUGCUAAAGAAAUUUGCUCCAUCAACUUGGAUUAGCAUCCUCACCUUCCUAUGGGGUGUUUCAUCCAUGUGUCAGGGAUUCGUGAGAAACAACGGCGAUCUUAUUGUUUGUCGCUUUUUCAUCGGUGCCUUCGAAGCAGGCUUUGUUCCCGGUUGUGCAUACCUAAUGGCCACAUAUUACAAGCGCCAUGAAUUCCAAAAGCGCCUUUCGCUCUUCUGGGUGGCUGGCUUACUUGCGGGAGCCUUUGGCGGUCUCUUAGCCUACGCUAUCGACCAUAUGGCAGGACUAGGAGGAUAUUCUGGCUGGAGAUGGAUCUUUAUAUUGGAGGGUCUCUUUUCAAUCGCCCUUGCAGGUCCUGCAAAGUUUUUUAUUGCCGACUGGCCGGAGCAGGCAAAAUUCUUGACCAGCGAGGAGAAAAAGGUGAUGCAGACUCGCAGCAGCCAGGACGUUGGGGGCGGAGCCAGGAUGGAUAAACUUGAUAUCACCGCAUGGAAAAGAAUCCUGACCGACUGGAAAAUAUAUGUUGGCACAUUUAUUUAUAUCAACAUUACUGUAUCAGGUUACGCGACAGCCCUUUUCAUACCAACAAUUGUGAGGUCCCUCGGAUAUUCUGGGAUCCAAAGCCAGAUCCAUAGUAUUCCGAUAUGGCUUGUGACGGCGUUCGUUACACUUGUCGUCUCAUACCUGACAGACCGUCUCAGGCAUCGACUGGGCUUCAUCCUCUUUGGCGUUACUUUCGGAAGCAUUGGGUAUAUUAUCCUUCUUUGCCAGGGGCCCAUCGUCGGUGGACUGCCGGCCGGCAUUCGCUAUAUGGCCGUCUUCUUUGUCUGCGUAGGCUGUUAUAUCGUCCAGCCCGUGACCAUCGUCUGGUUGGCGAACAACCUCGGAGGUCACUAUAAACGGGCCAUUGGUUUAGCAAUCCAGAUUGGAAUUGGAAACCUAGGUGGCCUCAUUGCAAGCAACGUCUUCGUGAUGAAGGACGCGCCACGGUACUUUGUUGGAUACGGCGUUUGCCUGGCCACCCUUAUCAUGUGCGGAUGCGGCAGUGUUGUCCUCGCUCUGGGGCUCUUGCGUGAGAACAGGCUGAGAGAACAAGGCAAACGUGAUGAUAGGCUUCAGCUGGACGAGAGCAUCUUGGGAAAUAUGGGCGAUGAUGAUCCACGGUUCCGCUUCACGAUCUAA